GCCACACUCGCUGCUUCCUCUGCUACAUUAUUGGUUAUUAUUGCUGUCUCUCUCUCUCUCUGUGGUUGAAGAAGAAGGAGGAGGAGUGAUCGAGAUUAAGCAUAAAUUAGUAUUAAGUGCCGGAGUUUGAAUGGAAGUUGGCCGGAAAAUGUCCAACUUGCUCCGAGAAGGGCGAGAUGGCGGCUACAGCCUGAACCUCAAGGAGACAGAGCUGUGCCUGGGCCUGCCUGGAGGCGGAGAAGGCAAGAUCACCGGAAAAAGAGGGUUCUUGGAGACUGUUGACCUGAAGCUCAACCUUCAAUCUAAUGACUUAUCUGCGGUGGUCGAUCUGAAGCAUCAGGUAAAGAUGAACAACAACAUAUCUCUUCCCAAGGAGAAGAACCUCCUUCCCAGCUGCCCCAAGGAUCCUGCAAAACCACCCGCUAAGGCGCAGGUUGUGGGUUGGCCACCAGUGAGGUCAUACCGAAAGAACAUAAUGUCUCAGAAGAGCCAUGCCGAGGAGCCCGAGAAGGCUGCUGGCAGCGGCAGUGGCAGCGGCAGCGGCGGCGCAGCCUUCGUGAAGGUUUGUAUGGACGGCGCGCCUUACCUGCGGAAGGUGGACCUGAAGAUGUACAAGAGCUACCAAGAGCUCUCUGAUGCCUUGGCCAAGAUGUUUAGUUCCUUUACCAUGGGUAACUAUGGGGCCCAAGGAAUGAUAGAUUUUAUGAAUGAGAGCAAGUUGAUGGAUCUGUUGAACAGCUCUGAGUAUGUGCCAACCUAUGAAGAUAAGGAUGGAGACUGGAUGCUCGUGGGGGAUGUCCCAUGGGAGAUGUUUGUGGAUUCAUGCAAGCGCCUGCGGAUAAUGAAAGGAUCAGAAGCAAUUGGACUCGCGCCAAGAGCCAUGGAGAAAUGCAAGAGCAGGUGCUGAGCAGUCUGCAGUCUGUCAAGCUUUUGCAGAGACUGAAUUGUGCAAGAUUUGAUAAUUGUGUCUGUAAUUUUUAUUAUUUGAUAUAGUAUAUAGAUCUGGACGUAUAUAUAUAUGUAAUGGACAAAAGCCUACAAGCUUUAAGUACCUAUUGUCUCUGGUUUGUUUAUUGUUCAUUCCCUGCCUAAUUAAUAAUCUCCAUUAUUUCCAUGUUCUUUCUUCUU